UAAUCAUGAAGCUUUGCCUCCUGUAUAUCAGUGUGGCUACCACGUUUCUGGCCAUAUGUAUAUCUUCAGCACAAGAUAAUGAACAAACAGUUAGUGAACUCACAAAUGGUAUGGUCGAAUCUGAAGGUUUGGUUGCUGCUCAUUUUGUGGCUUUGCGGAAUAUUCAAUUGAAUUUCACCAACCUUUUAAAUAAAAUGUGUGGUAAACAUCCCAUUCUAAGGAAUAUAACUCACCUGAGAGCAAUAACAAGACCUUUAAUUUUGCUUUCUCGAAACUCCUGUAUAAAUGGAAACCUACAGAAGUACAUGGCAAGGAUGAUGUACCCAGGCUAGUGGAUUACUAUAAUAAACUCAAUAACUUUUCCAUGAAUUAUUUAAAUAAUCGUUCACGUAUAUAAUCUAUGUAGUUCAAGUAUUAAUGGAAGCAGUAAUGCUCCUGUUCGUUGUAAGGUGUCAUAAACACAUCUAAGAUAUUGCUGGUUUCAAAGAACAUUUCUGGUUAUUUCAAAUCUAGCGGUGAUUUGAGCAUCAACUACGGAACAAAGAACAACAUGCAAUAUUCUUAUCUUUGUUUUACAAGCAAUUGAAUUCUAGAUGACAUUCAGUAGUGUAUGUAUCGAAACGCUGUCAUUAGAACUUUUGGAAAAAGAUGUUCUCAUCCAAUAAUGCUAAACAGAGUUAGUAGUUGUAACAAUACCUAUUUAAAUCAUUUGAAAGAAGAUGAAGUUGGAAAUAAAUAAAAACAUACAAGAAGUGUCAUUUCUACGGGACACAGAUGAAAAUCCGGAUGCAUGUGACAAAAUCCUUAAGUACCUAGACUGAAUUACUGGAACUCAAAAAAAUGCAUCUCCCUUAAGGAUAACUGUCAAGUAUUGUUUACAACUGUAACUGAAAUAUAGAGGUCACUCAAAUCACACCUUAACAUACUUAAAUGCUCUGGUUGCAAUGAUAAAUCCUAUUGCCCUGUCAGCUUGUCAAGUCACGAAAUAUAAACACAGCAGAAAGACUGUGAAUCAACAUUUUCUUGUCUGUGUAUCCUAUCAAACGGAGUUGCUGUUUAUAAGAGCAGUCUGAAGUCUGCAGAUCGACUCAUUGAGUGAUUUCCGACGCUUUAAACACCGAAAAGAAACUCUUGAAUAUAGUCAACUGACUGUAAUUGUUUCAUAGAUUAGCAGAACUCGGCAUCGACACGUUCAUGAAGUAUUUUAUCACAGUGAUAUCUUCCAGUAGAUGUUAGUAUUUAGCUUUUGGUAGACAGAUUUCAAGAAUGUUUAUUCAUCUCAUCUUGAAUUCCACUUCCAAAUGACUAGUAUAUUUCUUAUUUGUUUUGAAAACUUCCGAACCGAAAUAUACUUUAGAGCUUGUGAGAAAACUUGAAGAACUGAAGGAAAGAUAUGGUAUGGAUUUGGAUAUAUACAAUGCUUACAUAGUCGAACGCAUCUUUUCAUAUAUAAUACAUAUAUGCCAAUGCUUUCAAUAUCGUCUUCAACAUUCAUCUGUUAACAUUCUGAUAAUUUUUCAAACUCAUUAGCAAUAUCUAACGCUGUUGAGACACUUUUUGAGUAUUUAAAAUAUUCAGUUCAACACGUUCCAUGAUACUUUCAACUCACAACACUUGGUUUAACUUCAUCAGGUGAUCUUUUCCAACCAAACGCUGCCUCUCUUUCAUGGUUCAAAGAAGAAGUGCGUUAUUACACAGGUAAUAAACAAUCGCGUUUGUUGUGUUCAUAAACCAUUACUUAAACUUUUGGAUAGGGUGAAGGCGGUAUCCUUCUAAGUACACUGGGUGUAAAAUAAUUUGCCAUAUUUCAUAUUCCGUCAUUGGUUCAAUUUAGUAAGGUGUGCCUUUGUUGACUUUCAGAAAAAAAUAAUGAUCCUCUAGAAGACUGUUUAGCCGAUUUCACCAGAGAAAACCCAGCUGGUGAGUGAAAGCAUAUAUUUCGGUUUCUAAUAAUAGUGGUUUGUGAAACGAAAAUUAUAAAAUUAUUUCCUUUGACAUGAAACAUAUUUAUCGACAUAAAGUCAGUAUGUAAAACAAAAAUAGGCUACAGUAGACUCAUGAACAUAAAUCUGAUACGCAUAUCAUCUUUUAUGCAGUGUAAAAUAUUGAAUAUACGGUGUCAAUUGUUGAUCCAAUUUUCUCUUUUGUAGAAGCCGCUAGUUGAAUAAAGGGAUAACUUCGAUAUUUGAGGUUCAUUCCAAUUUUCAGAAAUAUUCGGGUAAGAUAAUACUGCAGACUAUAUCACUGACUGGAGUUUGCAAAAUGCACAGACAUUUCAAACAUGCAGACACUUCUAAAAUGAAUGUUCGUGUACUCUUGAAUAAAGUAUUUGAGUUGAAUUUCACCCGUUCAUUUUCCUGUUAACAUCAGUGUUUGUGUCCGUAAACUUUCAAAGAGCAAAUCAAACGAGUAUAAUCCCAAUAGGCAAACCUAACUAUUCAUCAUCUAUUUUGUAAUUCUAGAUAUAAAAAUACGUAUCAUUAAUGUUGUAUAAACUCACAGUGAGUUACUUAUUUGUUCAAAAUGAAAAUCAACAUUGAAAUAAUAUCUGUGCAAAUGAUAGACUGAUUCUUCUUGGUGUCAGCUUACAUUUUUUAAUAACUCACACUCUUACUUCUGUUCUCUAAGUCAAUCUGUAUAGAUAAACAUGUGAUAAAGUGACUUCAAUGACGUGUGAAAAAGGAGUACGGUGUGCUCUGGGAAGAAUAUUCAUUUGUGUGUUGAAACAACUGACAAAUUUGACAGCUGGAUUUGACGGAUGCUUAUUGUUCUUGUCAAGAUCAGAUCGAGGUCUGAAGUCAUGAACUGACCGAUGUGUGGUUUUCAUUCUCACUCUGUAUGACCAGAUGCUACAAAUGUUUAUUACGAAGCAAAAGGAGAUGGUAACAUGCUGUGAAUGCGUUUGUGAUAAUCGGAUCAACGAAUUUCUCUGUGGAAAAAGCCAUACCAACUUUCUGGUUCCAGACAUUGAAGAACAGUUAUUUCAGAUUUACAACAAUCAGAACGAUUAAAGUGGUGCUGCAUGUUCUUUCUUUCUUUGUUCAAUAUGUUACCAUGACAUUGGUACAUUCUCGUCACAGACGUGUUGGAUGAAGAGUACUUCCAUUCAUUGCAUUUUCAUUACAGCUGAUAAAAGGAGACAAUAAUUUUACAUUUCUGCAGCCAUGAAUUCGAAAUAUAACUCAUGGUUUUCACUGAUAAGACUUCACCAUGAGUAUGCUUUGCAUUAAAGCUGACAUCUGUAUUGAUUUUUACUGCAGAAUAGGCUGCUGAUAUGUCACUGUGCGUUGUGAUGUAAUCUACUCUUAUUGAAAAGGCCAAGAAUGUUGGGUAUGAACCUCAUCAGUGUUGAGGGAAUUUCCUUCCUUCAGCUGAUGAGGCUUUCAUCACACUUGGACUCACGAAUAUUUGCUGCAAGAAGACCAGUAUGAUGUCCAAUUAUCUGAAAAAAUGUUGAUGAUACAAACAAUUUGUAUUUUCUGACAUAAUUAUUUUCUGAUGAAGAACCUUCCUUGUCAAGCAGUCUGUCAAUGGUUUGUCGAGAUAAUCAACUGACAUCGGUUAGGUUGGGCAUUGAUGUUCUCAUAGAUUGGAGUUGUCUUUCGUAGUGGUGAUCACAUCCUUUCUCUCUCCAGCAGAAAGAAGUAAUGAUUAACAGACUGGUGAAAACGGUUUACAGAGAGGUGAAGUCGUAUUCCAAGAAUGAAUUCUCUUGGAUAAAUGCGUUAGACUAGACUUCAAGAAUUGUGUGUCAAUAAGGCAGACAAAAUAUAUCCCCAACUAAUAUAUUCUUUGUGCUGUUGAAAAACACUCACAUUGCUGCAUAUUAGUUCGCUUGCCUCCUUACAUUUGCAGAUAAAUAAACAUUUCAUUUCUUUCCAAUUUUUUAGGGAGAAUAUGAAUAUUAGUUGAUAUCAUGAAAUUCGUUCCACUAAGUAAUGAAAUUGUUAAAUUAACAGACGAUAACAAAAAUGUUUAAGUUGUGUAAUCUGUUUUUCUGUAAAAGUUAAUAAUAAAAUUCUCAUUUCCUUC